AUGGCCCCGAAGAAGGAGAAGGCCCCGCCGCCGUCGUCUAAGCCGGCCAAGUCCGGAGGCGGGAAGCAGAAGAAGAAGAAGUGGAGCAAGGGUAAGCAGAAGGAGAAGGUCAACAACGCGGUGCUCUUCGACCAGGCCACCUACGACAAGUUGCUCUCCGAGGUGCCCAAGUACAAGCAGAUCACCCCAUCCGUCGUCUCCGAGCGUCUCAGGGUAAUGCUACAUCGCCUUCACAGCUUCACAUGGAUGGAAUUCCUGCUGUCUACCUUACUGCCUUCCUGA